CAGUAGCCAUGUCUGGUCGCGGCAAAGGCGGGAAGGGCCUGGGCAAGGGCGGCGCCAAGCGCCACCGCAAAGUCCUGCGCGACAACAUCCAGGGCAUCACCAAGCCCGCCAUCCGCCGCCUGGCCCGGCGCGGCGGCGUCAAGCGCAUCUCCGGCCUCAUCUACGAGGAGACCCGCGGGGUGCUGAAGGUCUUCCUGGAGAACGUGAUCCGCGACGCCGUCACCUACACGGAGCACGCCAAGCGCAAGACCGUCACCGCCAUGGACGUGGUCUACGCGCUCAAGCGCCAGGGACGCACGCUCUACGGCUUCGGCGGUUAAGGUUUUCAUCCUUCCGUUCCAUAACCAAAGGCCCUUCUCAGGGCCGCCCAUCUGCUCUGAAAAAGGCGUUGUAAUACUGGACCGUGCAGUUUGCUUUGUACCGCGUCCCGGAGAACAAAGUCUGAGAAAGGAGGAAGAAUAAAUCACAAUAUGAGUGCAAUUGCACUCUGCUUUA